CUUGCAAGGGGAGAAUUUAACUUCAUCCAUCUGAUGGGAUUUAAUGGGCAAGGCUGUUAUCCAUAUUUGGUAAAUGUCAUUAUUCCUUUCAAACAGACAUGCCUAUUCCUAAAAUUGAAGUGUCCUGGGAAUUAAUCAGUGUUACUUCAAAAAAUUAAACAGGUGAAAAUCAGUGUAAAAAUUAAUUUCACAGUGUUCUGGAUAAAUAUUCGGAUUAAUAUUUGGGCAUAAGAGGACAGAAAAGAGCAACAAAUAGAGAAAAAAUAAAUAAAAUUACAAAAAUUGAUUCUUAGAAGACUGGAAAAAUCGUGGAGGUUUUGCUAUGGAUACUAUCAAUGAAAACCAUUUUUAUCUAGACAAAGUGUGGGUUCAAUGUGAGAUUGGCAGUUGUUUGAAAUGGAGACUGCUAUCAAGUGAUGAUGCUGCACAAGUUGAUCACAGUGAGCCAUGGUACUGUUAUAUGAAUACUGACCCAUGGUUUAAUAAUUGUUCUGUUUCUGAAGAAUAUUUUCCUGAAGAGUCUGAGUUUAAUAAAAAUGGAUUUAAAUAUGUCUACUCAGAGCUUCCUAUAGGAAGUCUAGUUUUGGUGAAAAUGCGCAGCUGGCCAAGAUGGCCUGGCAUACUUUGUCCUGAUCCUCUUAAUGGACAAUAUGUGACAUAUGACAUGGAUGGAUAUGUUGAAAGCAAUCAUGUAGAAUUCUUAGGUGAUCCCCAUUCCAGAGGUUGGGUUGCUGUGAAAUAUAUUAGCCGUUACCCUAGCUCAAUUAAGCCAGAACAAUGCAAGAGAAAAAAGAAAUGGUAUAAAAGUGCAUUGGAAGAAGCAAACAAAUUACGUAUAUUUUCUGCUCUGCAAAGACUUGAAAUGUGCCAGCUAUCAGAAAAUGGGGCAGGAGUGUUAGAGGAUAAAACAGAAGCCAGUAAUGACACAGUGGUAUCAAAGAGAAGAAUAAAAGCUCAGAAAAAGCAAGUUGUCAAGAAAAAUAGAAGUGUCAUUGGACAAAAAAGAAAGAAAAGUAUGUUAAGAUGCUCUCUUGAAACAACGGUUUCAGAUGACUUCCUGUCAAAAGAAAAUCUGGUUGUCUCUGAGGCAGAAGUUAUAUUAAAAGAUCUGGAACAAAUUCUCAGGCAUGUUGCAGACCCUUUAAAAACAACUUGUGGGUUGUAUGGAAAUGGAGAGGGAAAAGAUUCAGGAGAAAAGGUAACGAAAUGCAGCACAGAGAGUACUGAAGGAAGUCCAAUGGAAAACUACACUCAAGAGGAUUGUAUUAUUAUGGAUGGGAUAGCUUUCAGGGCUGGGGAGUGUAUUGAGAACAUAACCAACAAAUUUAAAGAAAUAGAUUCUUUAAUGGCUGAAUUCCAAGAUAGCUUGUAGCACUUAAAAAAAAAAGGAACCUGUCUAUCCACUUUUCCAUUUAGUCAUAGAUUCUUAAGUGAAUAAUUUGCAUAGUUACAAAGGCAGUUAUUUUAAUUUAAUGUUAAAUGUUACCUGAUAACAUUGCUAACAAAACUAAAAUAUA